AUGAUGCUGAAGGCGCCGCCAAUUCAGAGAAGUGGGUGUCACAAAUGUUGGACUUUGCACGGCAGUGGAACGACAAGUGAAGUUCAAACGCGCCAAAUCGAGCUAAAUCUAGGCCUCAAGCGAUCAACCCCUGGACCAUGCACCACCGUCCACGUGGGUACAGAACGCGCAUAUGAAACUCAGGUCUCCGGCUCCAUGGGCAAUGCUGAGUCCAUGUCAUCUGAACCCUUCCGGGGGGCUACCAGCGCAAUAUCGGAUUCGCAAACGGAAUAUCGAAAUGCUUGGCAAUCUCUAUUCAUCUAUCUCGCAAUUAUUGCCACGGCUAUCCCUGUCACGUACAGCCAGCCAAUGACCGCAAAGUUUCAAGGUUCGCAUAGUAUUCCGAGUUGGAAUUAG